AUGGACAGGGAGGCUAACCUUCCGGUCCCAUCUGCGCCUCCCCCAAGAAAUCUCGUUCGUCCCGUAACCAACGCCGCCGACACGACGUCUUCUUCUUCGUCGUCGUUCUCUUCCUCCUCUUCCCCGCCGGACUUUCUCCGGCAUGUCCAAGCCGCCUUCAAGCGCCACCGCCCCCUUGGUAUAAUGCAGACGAGUAAUGGUAUAAAGCCUAGACGUACGUUAAUUCCACAGCGUGAAGCAUCAAGAGCAGUAGCUUCAAAUGUGGGUCCAACUACAGACACGAAGAAGUCUCCAGAUGUUUCAUUAAGUAAAGAUUCAAUUCUGCAGGAAAAGAAUCCCGUUGCUGUUAUUAGGGAAAGUCAUGAAGAUGCAUCAAUCACACCUCCUUCAUUUCCAGGAACCAUUACGAAGACGUUUGAUGAGAGUUUCAAUCCCUUUGAUGCACAGAAAGAACAAUCAAAAGCUGUCAUUGAUACUAAAGAAAAUAAUCCGAUACCCCUGACAUCUGUAGAAUCUCAACUUGUCGAGGGUAAGAGAAAAGUCCAGUUUGCAACAGUGCACAACACCAUUUCCCAGGGGGCCGAUGAUGGAAUGGCCACUGGAUUGGAGAACUUAUCUUCUCAUAUGGGUUCACUUGCAUUGACAGAAAUGGAAUGGGAUGUAAGCAAUCCAGUAGAGGUGUCAAACGUGAUCAAUAACGAGACAAAGCAGCAGAACUUUCAGAACAUGGAAUCAGAUGUCACUUUGAGGUCCGAUGGAGCUGUACCAUCACUGGCAAAAAGAACAAUAGUUGAUCAGGAUCAGUUGCAUCAAUUGAGGAACUUUUUAAGUCAGCCAGCUACUCAAUCUUCUGUUGUUGGCCCAUCUUGUGCUACCACAACAUCUGUUCAUUCUACUUCGGCACCCAUGCUAAACUCGACCACGUAUUGCUCUCGUCUGAAUCCAGAGAGUGGUCCUCAAGCUGCAGUCGAACCUUUGACGGAUGCUAAUGCAAAUUCUCAGCACGUAAAUCCAGGGAAUUUGGAGCACCUUUCACGUCCUUUAUUGAAAGACACGAGUGGCAUGCUGAUUGACUUGAGACCCACUACAGUGCAGCCUUCUACCUCUGCUAUUCAUUCCCAAUUUAAGGAACAUGACUUGCCUAAGGAGAAGGGAAGUGUGCCUGAGGUAAGUGACAUUGCAAACAAUCCUUCUCAUGUUGUUGAUAAGCCCACUAAGGAGAGGGGACCAACAGAUAUUGAUACAGAUGUCCAAUCUCAGCCUCCGAUGUCCAAAAACCCAUCUUCAGACAUGAAGUUGGAGCCUAAACCUGAAAAACAAGAAAAGGUCGCAAGUAGUAAAGGUACAUCAGUGCCUCGAAAAAGGAGUUAUGACCCUGAUUUGUUCUUUAAAGUUAAUGGGAAGCUCUAUCAAAGGCUUGGUAAGAUAGGAAGCGGAGGAAGCAGUGAGGUUCACAAAGUCAUUUCAUCAGACUGUAAAAUCUAUGCACUCAAGAAAAUCAAGCUCAAAGGUCGUGAUUAUGGGACUGCAUAUGGUUUUUGUCAGGAAAUUCUAUAUCUAAACAAACUAAAGGGGAAGAACAACAUUAUACAGUUAAUAGAUUAUGAGGUGACAGAUAAAAAUUUGCUCCGUGAAGUCAUGAGUGGCUCCAUAAGUAAUAAAGAUGGAAGAGUCAAAGAUGAUGGGUGUAUAUACAUGGUCCUUGAGUACGGGGAAAUUGAUUUGGCUCACAUGCUGUCCCAGAAAUGGAAGGAGAUGGAUAGCUCCAACCAGACGAUAGAUGAGAAUUGGCUUAGAUUUUAUUGGCAGCAAAUACUUCAAGCUGUCAAUACCAUACAUGAGGAACGUAUUGUGCACUCUGACCUGAAGCCAGCAAAUUUUCUUCUUGUCAAAGGUUAUCUAAAGUUGAUUGAUUUUGGUAUCGCCAAAGCCAUAAUGAGUGAUACUACUAACAUUCAAAGGGAUUCACAGGUAGGUACCCUAAGCUACAUGUCUCCAGAGGCAUUUAUGUGCAAUGAGAGUGAUGCUAAUGGAAACACCAUAAAGUGUGGUCGGCCAUCAGAUAUUUGGUCCCUUGGCUGUAUCCUUUACCAAAUGGUGUAUGGAAAAACCCCCUUCUCUGAGUACAAGACUUUUUGGGCCAAGUUCAAAGUUAUAACAGACCCAAAACAUGAGAUAACUUAUGAGCCAGUUCCCAACCCAUGGCUUCUUGAUCUUAUGAAAAAAUGCCUGGCUUGGGACCGGAACGAGAGAUGGAGGAUCCCUCAAUUACUCCAACACCCUUUUCUUGUCCCCCUGUACCAACUCAACCAUCUAUAUCUCAGAUACAAGGUUGUAAACUGCUUCAACUUGUUGCAGAAACUUGUAAUGGUGAUCAAGAUGCUUCUAUGCUAUGCCGCGAGCUCCACCAAUUGCUCAACCCAGGCCAGUGUUCUUGCAAGGACGACCAUACUCGAUCUGGAAGCAAAGCAGCCCGAGGUUUCCUUGCCGCAAGGAAUUUUCUUGUGGAAGGCACUAGAAAAAGAACGAAAGUCAGUUGUGAGCUCCAUGAUGAGGUUUGUUAGUUUGUUAGCUUGGCAGUUAACCAGUAAUUUUCAAUCUGACUUCCAAUCUUCUCCUGCUUCCCCUUCUCCUAUUGAUUUCACUGUCAUCCCCCCUGCUGUUGUUCCUUUCAAUAUCCAUGUCCACCCUUCUAGUGCUGAUCAUAAUGCACAAAAUGCCAUUUCGACCACUGUUCCUCUUUCUGCUCCUGCUACUGUUGCACAUGCCCCUUUUGAUCAGCCUACCCGAAAAUCCUCUAGAUAG